AAAGCUACUGUCCAAUAAGAGCUGAACUCUAAUGUCUCGCGCGCUCCGAGUGGCGUCUCGAGAUGGAGGCCCGGCUCUGGUUGGCUGGAGCUGGUGUCUCUGGAAAGAUGGCGGCGGCCACAGUUGGGCCUGGCUCUGUAAGUGCCGAUUUCUCUGAUCUCCGUGGUAUUAAGAAACAGCUGCUGGACGUUGCAGAACGAAGUCGAGAGCGCGGCUUGCAGCAUAGUGGAAAGUGGGCAUCAGAGUUGGCUUUUGCCUUGGACCCACUGCCACUGAAUGAACUGCCUCCUGCUCCUGCACUCACAGAGGAAGAUGCUCGUGAUUUGGAUGCUUAUACCCUGGCUAAGUCUUAUUUUGAUCUGAAAGAAUAUGAGAGGGCUGGAUACUUUCUGCGAGGCUGCAAAAGUCAAAAGGCCUAUUUCCUGUAUAUGUACUCCAGAUACUUGUCAGGUGAAAAAAAGAAGGAUGAUGAAACAGUGGAUAGCCUAGGCCCAUUAGAGAAGGGACAAGUAAAGAAUGAAGUUCUAAGAGAGUUAAGGGUAGAACUUAGCAAGAAACACAAAGCACGAGAGUUGGAUGGAUUUGGCCUUUAUCUGUAUGGAGUGGUGUUGCGAAAGCUGGAUCUAGUGAAGGAGGCCAUUGAUGUGUUUGUUGAAGCCACCCAUGUUUUGCCGUUGCACUGGGGAGCCUGGCUGGAGCUUUGUAACUUGAUCACAGACAAAGAGAUGCUGAAGUUCCUGUCCUUGCCAGACACCUGGAUGAAGGAGUUCUUCCUGGCACACAUUUAUACUGAGUUGCAGUUGAUAGAAGAGGCUUUGCAGAAGUACCAGAGUCUCAUUGAUGCAGGUUUUUCCAAGAGCACCUACAUUAUCUCCCAGAUUGCAGUAGCCUAUCACAAUAUCCGAGAUAUUGAUAAAGCACUGUCCAUCUUCAAUGAACUUAGAAAGCAAGAUCCUUACAGGAUAGAAAAUAUGGACACAUUUUCUAAUCUACUUUAUGUCAGGAGUAUGAAGCCUGAACUGAGCUAUUUGGCUCACAACCUGUGUGAGAUUGACAAGUACCGUGUCGAGACCUGUUGUGUGAUUGGGAACUACUAUAGUUUGCGCUCUCAGCAUGAGAAAGCAGCCCUCUACUUCCAGAGAGCAUUGAAACUGAAUCCUCGGUACCUUGGAGCAUGGACUCUCAUGGGGCAUGAAUAUAUGGAAAUGAAGAACACAUCAGCAGCUAUUCAGGCAUACAGACAUGCCAUAGAGGUAAACAAAAGAGACUACAGAGCAUGGUAUGGUCUGGGGCAAACAUAUGAGAUCCUCAAGAUGCCAUUUUAUUGCCUCUAUUACUAUCGACGAGCCCAUCAACUCAGACCGAAUGAUUCUCGUAUGCUGGUUGCUCUUGGAGAAUGUUAUGAGAAAUUAAAUCAGCUAGUAGAAGCUAAAAAGUGUUAUUGGAGAGCAUAUGCUGUAGGAGAUGUGGAAAAAAUGGCAUUAGUGAAACUAGCAAAGCUGCAUGAACAGAUGAAUGAAUCAGAACAAGCUGCUCAGUGCUAUAUCAAAUACAUCCAAGAUAUAUAUUCUUGUGGGGAGAUAGUGGAGCACCUAGAAGUGAGCACUGCCUUCCGCUAUCUGGCACAAUACUACUUCAAGUGCAAACUGUGGGACGAAGCUUCAGCCUGUGCCCAGAAAUGCUGUGCAUUCAAUGAUACAAGAGAAGAAGGGAAAGCUCUCUUGCGGCAAAUUUUACAGCUGCGCAACCAAGGAGAGACGUCAUCCACAGAGAUUGCCACACCCUUUUUCCUCCCUUCUUCGCUGUCUGCCAGCAACACUCCAACACGCCGUGUGUCACCGCUAAACUUGUCUAACAUUACACCAUAAACAGUGCCUGCCUCUGAACUGGGCAAUCCAGCUGGAAACUGGAUUUUACUUUGACAUGACCUCUUUAGGGAAGGCUCUCAGCUGAGUGCUGUUUUCCUUAGAGGGCUGAAAGCAGAUAUUGUUGGAAAGCUGUGGCAUAAAUUGAUCCUCUGUAUGAAGUGAACUGCUUUUCAUCAAUCAUCUUAUUUAGUACGAUACUUCAGUGUAAGAGACUGCUUUCUUUAUUGAAAUUUGGUUGGAAUUGCUGCUCUGCCUAUGUUGUUUUCACUAUAUCCGUUUUCAAAGUAUCAUAACCCUGUGAGUAAAUAGCCUCUUCAGCAUAGACAUAUUGGUUCUCAUUGGAAAGGUAACUAGUGCCUUACAGUAAAUGAGAAAGAAUAAAUGUUGUUACACCUCUAGGCCCCCAAUUUGCUGGGUGCUUCUCAGUUUUGGCGCAGAGCAGCUGUCUUAUGCUAGUUGCAGGGUGAAAAAAAUGCAAAUAGGAGAGGGAGGGCCAUAACACAACACAGUUUCUGUGGAUAACAAAAUUAUUUGGAGGCAAAUGCAUAAGGGCAUGGAUGGGAAUUGUCCAUGCUCAUGCUGCUGUGCAGCCUAAUGACAUAACGUAAUGUGAUAAUGGAAGUAAAGGAUGACGUUUCUUUAAGCUGCUCUU